CCCUGUCUGACUGCCUCAGCAGGAUAGGCUCGGUCAGGUCCAGUCCUCAAGGUGGGGGCAUUGGGGACACAGGGAGGAGAGGGCAGUGGGCAGGGGGAGCGAGGGAAAGGAGGGGUGUCAGGGAAAGCCAUGGAGCCGUCCUCGCCCCAGGAUGAGGGGCUGAGGAAGAAGCAGCCUAAGAAACCAGUUCCUGAGAUUCUACCGAGGCCACCCCGGGCUUUGUUCUGCUUGACUCUCCAGAACCCCCUGAGGAAGGCCUGCAUCAGCAUCGUGGAAUGGAAACCCUUCGAGACCAUCAUCUUGCUCACCAUCUUUGCCAACUGUGUGGCCCUGGCAGUGUACCUGCCCAUGCCAGAGGACGACAACAACGCUCUGAACCUCGGCCUGGAGAAACUGGAGUACUUCUUCCUCAUCGUCUUCUCCAUUGAGGCUGCCAUGAAGAUUAUAGCUUACGGCUUCCUAUUCCAUCAGGAUGCUUACCUGCGCAGUGGCUGGAACGUGCUGGACUUCAUCAUUGUCUUUCUAGGGGUCUUCACUGCGAUUCUGGAACAAGUUAACAUCAUUCAAACUAACACGGCCCCCUUGAGCAGCAAAGGAGCCGGCUUGGAUGUGAAGGCCCUGCGAGCUUUUCGCGUGCUCAGACCCCUGCGGCUGGUGUCAGGGGUGCCCAGCCUUCAGGUAGUCCUCAACUCCAUCUUCAAGGCCAUGCUCCCCCUGUUCCACAUUGCCCUGCUCGUCCUCUUCAUGGUCAUCAUCUACGCCAUCAUUGGGCUGGAGCUCUUCAAGGGCAAGAUGCACAAGACUUGCUACUUCAUCGGGACAGAUAUUGUGGCCACAGUAGAGAAUGAGAAACCAUCACCCUGUGCUAGAACUGGCUCCGGGCGCCCCUGCACCAUCAACGGUAGUGAGUGCCGAGGAGGCUGGCCAGGACCCAACCAUGGCAUCACCCACUUUGACAACUUUGGCUUCUCUAUGCUCACCGUGUACCAAUGUAUCUCCAUGGAGGGGUGGACUGACGUCCUGUACUGGGUCAACGAUGCCAUCGGGAAUGAGUGGCCCUGGAUCUACUUUGUCACCCUCAUUCUGCUGGGCUCCUUCUUCAUCCUCAACCUGGUGCUGGGUGUCCUGAGUGGAGAAUUCACCAAGGAGCGAGAGAAGGCUAAGUCCAGGGGAACCUUCCAAAAGCUCCGGGAGAAGCAGCAGUUGGAGGAGGACCUUCGUGGUUACAUGAGCUGGAUCACACAGGGCGAGGUCAUGGACGUGGAUGACUUGAGAGAAGGCAAGCUGUCUUUGGAUGAAGGGGGAUCGGACACAGAGAGCUUGUAUGAAAUCGAGGGCUUGAAUAAAAUCAUCCAAUUCAUUCGGCACUGGCGGCAGUGGAAUCGCAUCUUCCGCUGGAAGUGCCAUGAUCUAGUGAAGUCCAAGGUCUUCUACUGGCUGGUGAUCCUGAUCGUUGCCCUCAACACCCUAUCUAUUGCCUCAGAGCACCAUAACCAGCCACUCUGGCUGACCCAUUUGCAAGAUGUCGCCAAUCGAGUGCUGCUGGCACUCUUCACCAUCGAAAUGCUCAUGAAGAUGUAUGGGCUGGGCCUGCGCCAGUACUUCAUGUCCAUCUUCAACCGCUUCGACUGCUUCGUGGUGUGCAGCGGCAUCCUGGAGAUCCUGCUGGUGGAGUCGGGUGCCAUGACGCCCCUGGGCAUCUCUGUGCUCCGCUGCAUCCGCCUCCUGAGGCUCUUCAAGAUCACCAAGUACUGGACAUCACUGAGCAACCUGGUGGCCUCGCUGCUCAACUCCAUCCGCUCCAUCGCUUCCCUCUUGCUGCUGCUCUUUCUUUUCAUUAUCAUUUUCGCCCUGCUGGGCAUGCAGCUCUUCGGAGGCAGAUAUGACUUUGAAGACACGGAAGUACGACGAAGCAACUUUGACAACUUCCCCCAGGCCCUCAUCAGUGUCUUCCAGGUCCUGACAGGUGAAGACUGGAACUCUGUGAUGUACAAUGGGAUCAUGGCUUACGGAGGCCCAUCCUACCCUGGUGUGCUCGUGUGCAUUUAUUUCAUCAUCCUUUUCGUCUGUGGCAACUACAUCCUUCUCAACGUCUUCCUGGCCAUCGCUGUGGACAACCUGGCAGAGGCGGAGAGCCUGACAUCUGCUCAGAAGGCCAAGGCUGAGGAGAGAAAGCGCAGGAAGAUGUCUAAAGGGCUCCCAGACAAGUCAGAAGAGGAGAGGGCCACGGUGACCAAGAAGCUGGAGCAGAAGUCCAAGGGAGAGGGCAUCCCCACCACCGCCAAGCUGAAAAUCGAUGAGUUUGAAUCGAAUGUCAAUGAGGUAAAAGACCCCUAUCCUUCGGCUGACUUCCCAGGGGAUGAUGAGGAAGAUGAGCCCGAGAUCCCAGUGAGCCCCCGACCACGCCCUCUGGCUGAGCUGCAGCUGAAAGAGAAAGCAGUGCCCAUCCCAGAGGCCAGCUCCUUCUUCAUCUUCAGCCCCACCAAUAAGAUCCGUGUCCUAUGUCACCGCAUUGUCAAUGCCACCUGGUUCACCAACUUCAUCCUACUCUUCAUCCUGCUCAGCAGUGCGGCCCUGGCCGCCGAGGACCCCAUCCGGGCUGACUCCAUGAGGAAUCAGAUCCUCGAGUAUUUCGAUUAUGUGUUCACUGCUGUUUUCACUGUGGAGAUUGUCCUUAAGAUGACCACCUAUGGAGCCUUCCUGCACAAAGGCUCCUUCUGCCGCAACUACUUCAACAUCCUGGAUCUGCUGGUGGUGGCUGUGUCUCUCAUCUCCAUGGGCCUCGAGUCUAGCGCCAUCUCCGUGGUGAAGAUCCUAAGAGUUCUGAGGGUGCUGAGACCACUCCGGGCCAUAAACAGAGCCAAAGGGUUGAAGCACGUGGUGCAGUGUGUGUUCGUCGCCAUCCGCACCAUCGGGAACAUCGUGCUGGUCACCACACUCCUGCAGUUCAUGUUUGCGUGCAUCGGAGUGCAGCUUUUUAAGGGAAAGUUCUACAGCUGCAAUGAUUUAUCCAAGAUGACUGAAGAGGAGUGCAGGGGUUACUACUACAUAUACAAGGAUGGAGACCCCACGCAGAUAGAGCUGCAUCCCCGCCAGUGGAUACACAACGACUUCCACUUUGACAAUGUACUCUCUGCUAUGAUGUCACUCUUCACGGUCUCCACCUUCGAGGGAUGGCCUCAGCUACUAUACAAGGCCAUAGACUCAAAUGAGGAGGACACAGGCCCCGUCUACAACAACCGAGUGGAGAUGGCCAUCUUCUUCAUCAUCUACAUCAUCCUCAUCGCCUUCUUCAUGAUGAACAUCUUUGUGGGCUUUGUCAUCGUCACCUUCCAGGAGCAGGGGGAGACUGAGUAUAAGAACUGUGAGCUGGACAAGAACCAGCGCCAAUGUGUACAGUAUGCCCUGAAGGCCCGCCCACUGAGGUGUUAUAUCCCCAAAAACCCAUACCAGUAUCAGGUGUGGUACGUCGUCACUUCCUCCUACUUUGAAUACCUGAUGUUUGCUCUCAUCAUGCUCAAUACGAUCUGCCUAGGCAUGCAGCAUUACAACCAGUCGGAACAGAUGAACCACAUCUCAGACAUUCUCAACGUGGCUUUCACCAUCAUCUUCACGCUGGAGAUGGUCCUCAAGCUCAUAGCUUUCAAGCCCAGGGGCUAUUUUGGAGAUCCCUGGAAUGUGUUUGACUUCCUAAUCGUCAUUGGCAGCAUCAUUGAUGUCAUCCUGAGUGAGAUCGAUACGUUCCUGGCCUCCAGCGGGGGACUGUAUUGCCUGGGUGGAGGCUGCGGGAACGUUGUAAUUUCAGGCUGCAUGAGCCUGUGCACCCUGCCCUGCAGCUUGCAUGCCGAGCUGGCUGCAUGGAUUGCAUGGGCUGCCCCACCCCCAGAAAUGUUCGGGAAGAUCGCCAUGGUGGACGGGACACAAAUAAACCGGAACAACAACUUCCAGACUUUCCCACAAGCUGUGCUGCUGCUCUUCAGGUGUGCCACAGGAGAAGCCUGGCAAGAGAUCCUGCUGGCCUGCAGCUACGGGAAGCUGUGUGACCCAGAGUCUGACUACGCACCCGGGGAGGAGUAUACAUGUGGCACCAACUUCGCCUACUACUACUUCAUCAGCUUCUAUAUGCUCUGCGCCUUCCUGAUCAUCAACCUCUUUGUGGCUGUCAUCAUGGACAACUUUGACUACCUCACAAGGGACUGGUCCAUUCUGGGCCCUCACCACCUGGAUGAGUUCAAGGCCAUCUGGGCUGAGUAUGACCCGGAAGCUAAGGGCAGGAUCAAGCACCUGGAUGUGGUGACCCUGCUGAGAAGAAUCCAGCCCCCUCUGGGCUUUGGGAAGUUCUGUCCGCACAGGGUGGCGUGUAAGAGGCUGGUGGGCAUGAACAUGCCCCUGAACAGCGAUGGCACCGUCACCUUCAAUGCCACACUCUUUGCCCUGGUGCGCACAGCCCUCAAGAUCAAGACAGAAGGCAACUUUGAACAAGCCAAUGAGGAGCUGAGAGCCAUCAUCAAGAAGAUCUGGAAGAGAACCAGCAUGAAGCUCCUGGACCAAGUCAUCCCUCCAAUAGGAGAUGAUGAGGUGACAGUGGGGAAGUUCUAUGCCACAUUCCUCAUCCAGGAGCACUUCCGGAAGUUCAUGAAGCGCCAGGAGGAAUAUUAUGGGUAUCGACCCAAAAAGGACACAGUACAGAUACAGGCUGGAUUACGGACCAUCGAGGAAGAGGCAGCUCCUGAGAUCCACCGCGCCAUCUCUGGAGACCUGACAGCAGAGGAGGAACUAGAGAGGGCCAUGGUAGAGGCUGCCAUGGAGGAGGGGAUAUUUCGGAGGACAGGAGGCCUGUUUGGUCAAGUGGACAACUUCCUGGAAAGGACCAACUCUCUGCCUCCUGUCAUGGCCAACCAAAGACCCCUCCAAUUUGCUGAAAUAGAGAUGGAGGAGCUGGAGUCACCCGUCUUCUUGGAGGACUUCCCUCAGAACCCAGGCACCCACCCUCUUGCUCGUGCCAAUACCAACAACGCCAAUGCCAAUGUUGCCUAUAGCAACAGCAGCCAUAGAAACAGCCCUGUGUUUUCCAGCAUCUGCUAUGAAAAGGAGUUCCCAGAAGAGGCGGGCAUGCCUGCUACCAGAGAAGGACCCUUCACUCAGCCCUGCAGGGUCUCAGGACCUCACAGCAGAUCCCAUGUGGACAAACUGAAAAGACAGAUGACCCAGAGAAGAAUGCCUGAAGGCCAGGUGCCUCCUUUCCCAUGCCAGCUCUCCCAGACAGAGCAUCCUCUGCAGGAAGAGGGAAAGGGCCCCACAUCAUGGUCUUUGGAAACACCCAAGAGCAGGAACUUUGAGGAGGAUGUUCCCAGGGAUUCGGCUCCCAGGUGCACAGCUCCAGCCACUGCCAUGCUAAUCCAGGAGGCUCUGGUUCGAGGAGGACUAGACUCCUUAGCAGCAGAUGCUAACUUCGUCAUGGCAACAGGCCAGGCCCUGGCAGAUGCCUGCCAGAUGGAACCAGAGGAAGUCGAAGUGGCAGCUACAGAGCUACUGAAGCGAGAAUCCCCAGAGGGUGGGGCCAUGUCCUGGGAGCCUUGAGCCUUAGGUCCUCCCUGGGCAGCCUGAACCAACAUUGGGGCUCCCAAAGGACUUUUAUUGCUCCCAGAUGUGAGGCCUAUACAGAAUGACACAAGCUUAGAACAGCCAUGACCAAAAGCCAGAAAGCCCUGGAGUGGAGAAGGGUUAGCCCAGCCCAGCAGCCUCCCCUCCCCCUUCAGUAGCCAGCUUCGUGGACUGAGUAGCAAUGCUCAGAAACCACCUCCACCAGGCAGGAGGUGGUCCUGGGUGGGCAGGACCGGCCCUCCUCCUCAGCAAGAAGCAGGAUUUGGCAGGGCUUGUGUGGCCAUUCACAAAGGCCUGAUCGGUGCCAGGGUCUGUCUGUCAUAAGGCCACUCCAACCAGCUGGACAUUAAAGUCUCUAGGCCUGGCUUUGGCACCUGG